AAAACUUAAUUGUUAUCGACUCCGAUUAGAUUAAAGCCGGUUAUUAACCUUCGGACCCGGUUUAUUUACUAAUCGCGACAUUGAACGUCUAAAUAUAAAUAUUUUAUUCAUUAUUGUGGUAUAACAUGGCAACCAGAGCGCUACUAAUUCAGUCCCGCAGGCAUUUUUCCAAUGGGGCCAUUCAAAAUGUCACCAUGGUGGGCGGCGGCCUGAUGGGAUCCGGAAUCGCGCAGGUGGCGGCACAAGCCGGCAACAACGUGACCAUCCUGGAAGUGGGCCAGGAACAGUUGAAAAACGCCCAAAACAUUAUCGGGCAGAGCCUGGGCAGGGUUGCCAAGCGGUUGCACAAAGACGAUCCGAACGCCGCCAAUAAGUUUAUCGAGGAAACAACGUCCAGGAUCCAGGGCGUUACUGACCUGGCACGGUCUGUAGAAAACUCCGAUCUGGUGGUAGAGGCUGUCGUAGAGAACAUGGAGCUGAAACACAAGAUUUUCAAAGAGCUGGACGAAGCGGCCCCUCAGAAGACCUUGUUCGCCUCCAACACCAGCUCCCUCUCUAUCGCCGAGAUUGGCUCGGUGGUGCAAAGAAAGGACAGAUUCGGGGGCCUUCACUUCUUCAACCCCGUGCCCGUGAUGCGACUCCUGGAGGUCAUCCGGACACCCGACACCUCCGAACAAACCCACCAAACGCUUAUGCGGUGGGGCAAAUCGAUCGGGAAAACGUGCGUCACCUGCAAGGACACCCCCGGGUUCAUUGUCAAUAGACUGUUGGUGCCGUACUUGGCCGAGGCCGCCCGCAUGCUCGAAAGAGGUGACGCUACCGCGGAAGAUAUCGACACGGCGAUGAAACUUGGGGCGGGACACCCCAUGGGACCCCUGGAGCUGCUGGACUACACCGGACUGGACACGGGAGUCUUUAUUAUGGAGGGUUGGCACCGGAAGUACCCCGACAACCCGCUGUUUAAGCCGGUCGAGUUGCAGAAGAAACUGGUGGCCCAAGGCAGGCUCGGCAGGAAGAGCGGCAGAGGGUUCUACGAUUAUCGUAAAUUGUAAUAUUAAUAAAAACCUAUCAAUGAGCAUAA